AUGGUACAAUUUGACAAUGCUGCUAAUAAGUAUGUAAAUUUGUCAAAAGAGCUGCAGGCACAAGGUAUUCUCCACAGAGGUGAUUCUAAUAUCACAAUACUAGUGUAUGUAGAUGAUAUUAUUAUCAUAGGAGACCCUGAUGCAGUUACUAAGAUAGGUGCUAGUGGUCUUAUUCUGUCCCAAGAAAAGUAUGUGAAAGACCUAUUAAAGAAGGCUGAUAUGGAGAAUUGCAAGCCUUGUCACACACCACUGCCCUCUUCAGUCAAGUUCUCCUAUUUUGGUGGUUUUUCAUUCAAUAAUCACAGGCUGUAUUGGUCUGUUGUUGGGAGUCUUCAGUACCUUAUAGUUACUAGACCUAAAUUGUCAUACUGUGUAGGUAAAGUAUCCCAGUUUAUGCAGAAUUCUCUUGAUGAGAACUGA